AAAUUAAGGUAGAAUUGAGGGAGUGUGUUUAAGUCCGCCUCCACGUUACUCUUGCACUAUACACUCCUACUAGUAUCUCUUGCACUAUUCUCCUACUGUAGUUGUAGAAUGUUAUAAUUGCUGCUGCUACAAUUUCCAACCAACUCAUGGAGUAAUUAUAUUAUCUUGGAUGUUUGUGUAGUGGGUAAAACUGAGCUGUGUUUAUCACUACUUGUUGUGCUCUAGAGAGAGAAACAAGAUUAAGACAAAUACACACACAACAGAGAGAGAGAGAGAGAGAGAGAGAGAGAGAGAUGGGAAGAUCCACUGCAUCUUGCUUCAAGAUCAUUGCUUGUGGAAAAGAUUCUGUUGAUAGAGACGACCUUCAGCUUUCUCAGAGCAAGGCUUCUACCGAUAAACGUGGAUGGAGUUUUGGGAAGAGAUCUGCCAGGCAUCGAGUGCUAAGCAACACUGUGAUAUCAGAAAUUCCUUCUUCUGACAGUAAGGAGAUCCCUGAACCUGCUUGUGCUGACUAUCAGAUCCAAACUAGAGCUGCUAUUCCAGAAAAAUCGUCUGAUGUGGAAAGGACUGAAGAGAUGCUGCAGCUAUCAGCUUCAAUAAACUCAAAAUUUCCGGAGUCCGUAGCUGUUGCAGAAGUGGACACCAAGCUUGAUAUCCAACCUGAUGAAUCUGUAGUUACUGUCAUACAGACUGCUAUUAGAAAAGUGUUGGCUGAAAGAGAACUGUCAAAGCAAAAGAAUAUAGUCAAGCUGCAAGCAGCUGUACGAGGACAUUUGGUUCGAAGGCAUGCUGUGGGAUCUUUACGCUGUGUGCAAGCCAUUAUCAAAAUGCAAGUUCUAGUUCGUGCACGUCGUACUCGCCUUUCCGCUGUUGAAUCUACUGAUGAAGAGAAGCUACAUGAAAAGCUUGAGAAAUAUAAUCAUACACAAAAGGUAGAUAGAAAUUCGGGAGCCAAACCAGAUCUAGCACAUACAUCUAUUGAAAAGCUACUUAGUAACAGGUUUGCUCGUCAGCUACUGGAAUCAUCACCAAGGACGAAAUCCAUGAACAUCAAGUGUGAUCCCUUGAGACCUGAUUCAGCUUGGAAAUGGUUGGAAAGAUGGGUGUCAGUUUCACCUUUAGAAAUUGAACAAUCACCAAAAUCCGAACCAGUUACAGAAAUAAAGGAGCACGAGGUAAUGAAACUUCCUGAAAGACAUGUGGAAACUACGUGUCCAGCUGAAGAGGGCGCUGAAUCGACAGAUUUAAGGUACCAAGGUACAAUGGCAGCUGUCCCUUGCUUUAACCCCGACACCACUGAAGCCAUAGUGCCAUCUGAAAUUGAGCCAAAUUUGGUAAACCAAAAUUUUGAGCAGCCUCAGCCUGAAUUCUUGGACUUGAUAAAGUCAACUGAGAAUUUACAUCAACUUCCUGAUAAAGAUAAAGCAUCAGAUUCAAGUCCUCAAGUAGAGCCCAAGUCCCUCUCUAGCAAGCCUGAUUUGGAGGAGCAACCCAAAAGAUCAAUGAAAAGAGUUGCCUCUGAAGAACCGGAGACCGAGGGACGGAAGUUUGUGUAUGGAUCAAGGAAGGCUAGUAAUGCUGCAUUUAUUGCAGUCCAAUCAAAAUUUGAAGACCUAACUUCUGCAUCCAAUUCUGGAAAAUCAGUCAACAUAUCCAAUCAAGAAAGUGAACUCAAAACCUGCGAGGAUACAGUCGCCUCUGUAGAUGAUUCGUUUAAAGCACGGGACACUAGCUUGGCUGAUUGUGCUGUGUCCUCUGUUACAAAGGUUGUAGUUGGUGAGUCGGAAUGUGGAACUGAACUUUCUAUAUCUUCAACUCUUGAUUCACCAGAUCAGUCUGAGAUUGGAGCUGUGGAUGAGCAGGAAGUCCAUAUUGCACAGGAAGCAGUGGAGAAUCCCAAGAACACCACAAACAUAGUUUUUGAAGCUAGGGUAGAUGAACCCAUCAAGCUAGAUACUGACCUAGCAAAUCCCAUUACAACUCAGUUGGAGAAACAUAUCACUGAUGAAGAGGUUGUCACUGCAGAAUCCUUAAAACCGGAUGAUAGGUUGGAAGAAAAUACAUCCGAUACGCAGAUAAAAUUGGAACAUGAAGCAGUUAAUCAAAUGUGUAAAUCAUCACCGGAAGCAUCUCCAAGAAGCCGGGCAACUGUCCAGGAGUCCCAAACUACGCCUUCUAGCCAGGUAUCUACAAAAUCUAAAAAGUCUAGAAGUGAGAAAUAUGGAUCCAGCCAAAAGCGGAAGUCUUUAUCUGUCGGUAAACGAUCCCCAUUACCCAGUAACGAUUCAGGUGUUAGAAGUAGUUUAGAACUAUUACCAAAAGAUCAGAGAUCUGGAAAACGUCGGAAUUCUUUUGGUUCAGCAAAAGCAGAUCAGGUUGAUCAGGAACCAAGAGAUAGUAGCAGCAGUCAAUCUGUCCCUAGUUACAUGCAAGCAACAGAAUCUGCAAGAGCUAAAGCUUAUGCUAACAUCUCGCCAAGGUCAAGUCCCGAUGUGCAAGACAAGGAAUUGUAUAUUAAAAAGAGGCAUUCCCUGCCUGGCACCAACGGCAGGCAAGGUUCACCUCGUAUACAGCGCUCUAUGUCUCAGGCACAACAGAGCACAAAGGGAAAUGGAAGCAAUCCUUCUCAGGAAAGAAAAUGGCAGCGUUGAACUGAAGAAACGAACAAGGAAGAUGACAACUUGAAAAUGGUUUAUGUACAAAGUUGAGAUGUGCAUGGGUUUGUAACAGUCCUGAAAAGACUGAAAGACAAUUUUCUGCACCCUUUUUCUUCUGGAAUUUGUGGAUCAGAGGUUUUGAAAGUUUUACUGCACUACUGGUAACAUUGUUCGUGUUUGUCCGAGUUUAUGUUUUUCUUUCGUUAUUUAUCAGAUUUUAAAAUCCCUUGUAACAUGUGUUUGGUUUUUCUUUUGUUUACUUCUUUUUUUCUGAAGGAAUAUAUGGGUUUUUUUUACUUCA